GUCUCACCAUCCCCAGAACAAGCCCUUUGUGUGCUUCUACUCCAUCGAUGUCAACUAUUUUGUGUCCUUAAACUGGAUGGAACUGUAUGGAAAACAAAUGCAGGUAGUCCUUUGGAUACAGAAAAGAGAUACAGAAAUGAAAGGAACAGUUGAGAAGAAGAAGUUUCACAUCAUGGCUCAAGUGCCACCCAUCCAAGCAAUGGUCCACACAGGUUCCUACCACAUGUUAAUUGCUUACUGUGGUGACAUGCGCCUGCGGCUCUUUGGAGAUCAUCAUCGAGCAUUCACACCUCUGGAUAUAGUGCCUUGUCAUUUCUCCAUCAGCUGCCUCUGCUACGACCCAGAAACUGAGAUGCUGCUGUCUGGCACCGUGGGGGCUGUGAUUACCUGGUUUAUCUUACCAAAUGGCAGGGGCCUCCAGAAAGCUCAAACAGUGCCCAUGCCAAGUCAUGAGUUUGUACAAGGUUUUUCCCUGAAUGGUCCCCAGGGCUCCCUACUGGCUCUGUGUGAGCAUGUGGUAAGGCUUUUUACCCACCAGGGUCAGGGUCAACUAAAAGAAGUAAAGAAGUUCACUCUUGUAACCAGUGGCUCCCCCAUCACUUGUUCCUUUGCUUGUGUGUCUCAGGGCACUUUGUAUGCUGGAAACAGGGCUGGAGAGAUCCAUGCGUGGGGUUUAGACCAGGGUAACUUUCUCCACAGCUUCCAGGCCCAUCCCUCAACAGUGAUAUGUGUCCACAAUCGGCCAGAGACUCAUACCUUACUAACAGCAGGCAGUGAAGGCAUACUGAGAGAGUGGAAUCUUGCUUCUGGAAACUUGCUGAGGCAGCUGAAUAUUGAUGAGAAACUGCAACAACUGCAGUUUGUUGAUAAUGUGACUUUUUUCUGCAAGAGUAAUUCUGCUUUCUCAUUGUACUGCCUGCCAUACUUUUACAGCCUCUUCAAUGUCUGUGGUUCUGCUCCCCAGCAGAUGCAACGAAUCUGCUGUGGCCAUAAUCAGACUCGGAUCCUAUGUGCCACUGAGGAUGGUUUAUUGCGCUUCUUGUCUCCAGUAACAGGGGACCUUCUGGUUAUUACCUGGCCUCUACUUGUCAUGGAUAAGUCUGUGACUUGGGCCUAUGACUCAGUCAGAGAGGAGCUCUUUGUGGCAAUAGGUGACUCAAAGGUGCUGGUGUUUGAUACAACCCGCUGUCCUUGUACAGCCAAGUAUCUUGUGUGUACUUCAGAAAACACUGGGGAUAAAGUAACAUGCCUGGCCUAUGGGUGGCCUCAUUUGGACAAGAGGCUAGAAGGACUGAUGUUCUGUGGACACAACAGUGGCAUUGUGAGAACCCUCUCCCAUUAUAGUUGGGCCCGAACAGAGAAGACCAUUCACUCUGGAGCAGUGUUAGCAUUGUCUACUCUGGAAGGUUCCCAAGGAAACUCCUUACUCUGUUCCUAUGGCACAGAUAACAUUCUAUAUCUGUCAGAGGCUGUGUUUCAUGUGAGCAAGGUAAUCCUGAAGCCCAUCAACAAAAUUCUCUGUGGUCCCCUACUGCAUGUGAUACUCUUGCCAGGUUCUGUGAGUGCCAUCACUAAGAACUGCCGUUGGUGUCUUUGGCGCUAUGGAGACUUUCUGACAUCAUCAGAAACAAAACAAAACUUGAUAUUUGGAGAGAGAAAAUGCCUGCAUGAGUGUGCUAUCACUUCAUUUGAUGUCUGCCUUUCCCUGAAACUUUUUGUCACAGGGGCCAUUGAUGGCUCAGUCCGGCUCUGGGACUUCCGAGGUAGACUUGUAACUGAGCUGGAUUCAGCAUUGCAUUUUGGUCCAGUCUGCUUUGCCAAUAAUCGGGGUGACCUGCUUUUGACUUUCAAUCAGAGCAUCUACAUAGUCUCCUGCUUAAAACUGCUCUCUCCACCUCGGCUGACUUACCUAGUUAGCCUAAACAAUGUAGAUGAAAUACAAGAAGUCCCCAAGUCUUUCCUUCCCAGCUUCUUCUUUUUAUUUAAAAUGGUAUUUGUACCUAAAUUUGUCUACCUGGAACAAAGGGUGCAGGAAUUACAGGGGCUAGAGGCCCUUAUCAACAAACGGGUCAUUGCCUUUGAUAAUUCUGUGCCCCAUGUUGUAGAGGAAGAGACACAUAUGUCCCUUAUUAUUCAAAAUGAACCCAAAGUACAGUUUUUGGAGGAUGAGGAUAUUGAUUUGUCUACUCCUGACCCCAAAUAUAAUCAACCCCAACGUGGGCUUCCUGCUCAAUUACAGCUGGCUGGCUGGGAUGGAUUAAACAUCUACCAUAUGUUACGGUGUUUCUUUGGUCAAGGGCAGCAGUGGCUCCUUGCUCCUGAUUGCUAUAUACCAAACUCAGUGAUCCGUGCCCGCCUUUGGCCUACGCCAAAGGCGUAGUCUGUCUUCCUACGCCAUGAUCUAUACUCACCUUACCUAGAUAAGGACAGGGACAUGACUGAACUCUUAAGCCCCCAGACACCAUCACCUGUGACUCUAGAAGAAAGGAGAGUUUCAAUGAGUAAGCAGAAGGAUAAAUCCAAGGAGCAGAAAAGAAUUUCCUUGACUUUCCUUGAAAGCAUGACAAACCAAAACUUGAUGAGAAGAAAAUGAAGUGAAGGAUUCAUAGAAAAUUUAAUAGAGACCAUUCUCAACCUCACAGUUUACUGUCCUGAAGAGAAAUACAAGAAAUAUUUUGAUAUCCUGGUACAAAUUUUUGCCACUUACCAUAUACCUUCAAGCUUGCUCACUGAUAUAGCCUAUCGCCUGCUGAAAGAUACAACUCAUUACAAUCCACAUAUCCGUGAGCUAGCCUGGGAGAUGCUAGCUAGGCUGGGCUUCAUAAGCCAUCUUUUUGCUAUUCCAUUGGCUGUGGGCUUGAUGGACAGUGAUAAGGUCGUGCGGACUAAGGUCUUAUACCUUAUGACAAGAUUCACAGGCAUCCAAACCAAGACCAUGCUGAUACACCUGCUAAAAAAACAAGAAAUUCUUCAAGAAUUGCAACUUGAAAUUAUUGGGGAAGCCUCUCUGGGCCAGAUGCUGGGAAUUCAAGCUAGUGAUAUCCAGUGCUUGCUUACUCUGGUGGAAUGGUGGCUAAAUGAAAACCUGACCUUGUCACAUAAAGAGAAACCAUUUACUUUUUCUUUUGAUAUACCAGAGGAUGAUGAACUUGAAGGGUACUUGAGUGAAGAGAAGGAAGAGAGUCUGAGUGAGGAGAGUGAGGGGGAGAGUCUGACUGAGGGGGAGAGUCUGAGCGAGGAGGAGAGUGAGGGGGAGAGUCUGAGCGAGGAGGAGAGUGAGGGGGAGAGUCUGAGCGAGGAGGAGAGUGAGGGGGAAGAGUCUGAGCGAGGAGGAGACCACAAAAGCCCAGUUAACUCAGAAGCAAGUAUCUCAGAUGAAGACUGGAUUAACAACGCCUUAAUAAGGCUGGAAGCAGGAGAACAACUUUCUAGGGACAGUUUCCAUCAACUGAGGCAACUCCUCAGAGAUUUUGCUUGGGAGGAACACUUGAAAUAGAUACAUCUGUUCAAUCUUAAGGCCAUUGUUAAACACCUCAGGCAGAACCUAGGCUUAAGUCACAUUGAUAGAUCACAACAGCAUAGUGAUGGUUUGAGUCCAAUGCACUUACAAGUGAUCCCUCCAAUUAGAAGGGAAAAGAGAAAGAGCUGGCCAGAGCCAUGUUCUAUCCCUGAACCAAAAGCACUGACCAUCUCUGUACCAGCACUACCAUCAACCACCAAGAGAAUUCAAGUCCCAAAAGCUAUAAACUGGCAUCUUCUAGGAGAGCCUUACAGAAGUCAACGAAUACAGCAGUUAUCAGAUGCUCUCAAAGAGAUGGAGACAAGACACUUUUAUCCUGCCAAAAGAGACAUUUUCAGAGGUGCUCAUACUUCUAUGGACAAACAAACCCUGGCACUAAUGUUUCAAAAGGACUUACGGGAUUUUAAGGGUAAGGGCAGGUUUCCCAAAUUACCCAAGUUGGAGAAGGAGACACGGCCCAUCUCUAAAAAAAGGGAGGAGGUACCUCCAUGGGAGACAUUUGUGGCCUUGUACUGUGUUUCACGAAUGUUGCAGCAGUGAUAUGCCAGUGAUACCACCGCAUGGAUGGAACAGUUCCAACAGCUCAUGGACCUAUACCAGCUUAAGUCCCCCCGAAUCCAGAGGCUGCUACAAGAGCUGCUUCUGAGAGAGGAACCUCAACCCCAAGAGAUCAUCUACAAAGAGGCCCUGAAGGCCAUGGAUCUAGUGCCUGGGGAGCGAUUGUUCUGCCACCUGUUCUGUGAUAGUUCCCAUGCUCCUGCAGGUUCCAAGUUCCAGAAUGUGGUAUCCCUCUCUGGACAGAAUAGGGUGCAUACUCUCCAUGGGUAUGCAUUCACCCAGUAUGGGUUCCUAGAACUUGCCUGGAAAAGUCUGCCACAAGUCAAUCCUUCUUCUUUGGAGAAGAUGCCUAGAAUCUCUACGCCCACUCUCUGA